ACACUGAAGACUGCUUAUUUCUUUAAAAAGACACAACUCAUCUUACCACUAUCAAAUUCAAUAAGAAGCCCAACCACUAAAAUGUUUCAGGCUUUAUUUUAAAGGCAAGUGAGACUGCUUCAAAUAAAACAACUUCAAGCUUCCAAGAAACAGUUAAGAGGAGGCAGAGAGGAGCAGAAACACUUCUUCACUGACACUGACACUGUUGCCAUGGACCUACAUAAGCAGCGGGAGAACACAGAGACUAACUGGCAUAAGGAAAAGAUGGAAUUACUGGACCAGUUUGACAAUGAAAGAAAGGAAUGGGAAAGUCAAUGGAAGAUUAUGCAGAAGAAAAUAGAAGAGCUUUGCCAGGAAGUAAAGCUUCGGAGGAAAAUCAAUACGAAUGAACGUGCUAAGAUCAUUGAUCUUUACCAUGAGAAGACCAUUCCAGACAAAAUAGUAGAAUCUUCCCCAAAUUACCCUGAUGUAGGACAAUGUGAAUUUACAAGGAUGAAUCUCAAAGAUGGUCUGAGAAAUGAAAAUAAAACAGAGCAGAGCUUAGUCAGUGGAGGAAAUCAAAUGUGUAAGGAACAAAAAGCAACAAAAAAAUCAAAAGUAGGGUUUUUGGAUCCUCUGGCUACAGACACCCAAAAAGAAUGUGAGGCCUGGCCUGACCUGAGUACUUCUGAGGAAGAGAACAAGAGCUGCUCUGGCGCCCUCAAUACAGCUCUUGAAGAACUUGUGAAGGUUAGUGAAGAACUGUGCAGCUUUCAAGAGGAAAUUCAAAAGCGGUCUAACCAUAGAAGGAUGAAGUCAGAUUCUUUUCUCCAGGAAAUGCCAAAUGUAACUAAUAUACCUCAUGGGAACCCCAUGAUCAACAAUGACCAGUGCAUUCUUCCAAUCAGUUUAGAGAAAGAAAAACAGAAAAAUAGAAAGAAUCUGAGCGGUACCAAUGUGUUCCAGAGCAAUUCUAUGAAAAAAUGUGAAACUGAUACAAUCGAUUUGAAAAGAAAUGAAACUCCACCAGUUCCUCCUCCAAGAAGUACCUCUCGAAAUUUUCCCAGCUCGGAUUCUCAACAAGCCUAUGAAAGAUGGAAGGAAAGGUUAGACCACAACAGCUGGGUGCCCCAUGAGGGUCAAAGUGAAAGGAAUUACAACCCUCACUUCCCUUUGAGACAGCAUGAGAUGUCUAUGUUGUAUCCAAAUGAAGGGAAAACUUUGAAAGAUGGUAUAAUCUUUUCCUCUUUGGUACCAGAAGUCAAAAUAGAUAGCAAGCCUCCAAGUAAUGAAGAUGUUGGGCUUAGCAUGUGGUCAUGUGACGUUGGGAUAGGUGCAAAAAGGAGCCCCUCCACUUUGUGGUUUCAGAAAACCUGCUCUACCCCCAAUAAUCCAAAAUAUGAAAUGGUGAUCCCAGAUCACCCUGCUAAAUCUCAUCCCAAUCUUCAUGUAAGUAAUGACUGUAGCUCUUCAGUGACAGACAGCAGUAACCCACUUAGAAAUCUCAGUUGUGGCUUUAAAAGGACUAUAAGGAAUGAAAAGCUGGCAGCAAAGACUGAUGAAUUUAACAGGACUGUAUUUAGAACGGAUAGAAUUUGUCAGGCAAUACAGCAAAAUCAAAGCUGCUCCAAAUCAUCGGAAGAUCCCAAGCCCUGUGAUACCUCAUCUACUCACACAGGUAGCAUAUCAGAAAGUAACAAGGUGUCUGGUAUUUGGAAAACCAGUGCCCACAUGCCUGUGCCCAUGGAAAAUGUGCCUGAUAAUCCCACCAAGAAAUACACAACAGACCUAGUCAGACAAAUGCAGGGACACGUAAGUCCUCGCAGUUAUCGGAAUAUGCUCCACGAGCAUGACUGGAGACCAAGUAAUUUGUCUGGCCGACCGAGGUCAGCUGAUCCCAGGUCAAAUUAUGGUGUUGUGGAAAAGCUGCUGAAAACUUAUGAAACAGCAACAGAGUCUACAUUGGAAAAUUCUAAGUGCUUCCGGGAUCAUGGGACCAAAUGUAAUUCUGAUGUCAGUGGUGGUGCCACAUUAAGUCAGCAUUUAGAAAUGCUCCAAAUGGAACACGAGUUUCAGCAAAAGACAGCUGUGUGGGGGGGACAGGAAGUGAAGCAAGGAAUAGAUCGGAAAAAGAUAACAGAGGAAUCCAUGUCAGUGAACGCCUCACAUGGAAAAGGAUUUUCCCGACCUGCUAGACCAGCAAAUCGCCGUCUCCCCUCCAGAUGGGCAUCCAGAUCUCCAUCUGCACCCCCUGCCUUGCGGAGAACUACCCACAACUAUACCAUUUCUCUGCGAUCCGAAGCAUCAAUGGUUUAAGUCUUUGGCCUGGAUUGCUAUGUUACAGAGGUUCUAGUCCCACUUGUCAAACAGCAUUCUGAGUGUUUAUAGGCAGUCCUGUUCUCUUCCGACAAGCAAUUUAAAUCCUAACUUUCCAUCAGUCUUCAGUGUUUUUAAUCUAAGGAAUAAUUAUCUUCCUGUAUUUUGGUUUCUUAGAUCAGAAUUUUUUUACACCAUUCUCAUUAAUUUUCCAAUAUGAUAUAAGUUGAAACAAUGUAUAAUAUUGUAUAUUCUUUCUUGCAAGUGGCAGAAAGCAAGGUUAUGUGCAUGGCCCUGUGUUUGUAGGUGCAUGUGUUGAAAUAGGAAGUAUCCUAGUAUGUAUUUAGAUAUGAAUAACUUAUGUGCUACUGUUGACUUUGAAAUUAUAACAUGUAUACCUAUA